UCGUCUUCCUUCUAUCAUCCAACAUCGUCCCUCAAACAUCACGACUCCAUAGACCCAUAGCAUCUGCAAAAUUUCUUCCGCUUGCCACUUUCAAGGCAUCGUCAUCUUCGUGGGAAUGUGAAAGAGAGAGGAAGAUACCUGCACGCCGGAGGACUAACAGCAUUGAACGGCGACGAAGAUUUAGAAAGCUCCUAGCUUGGGCUUUCACAGGCCAAAGCCCAUUGCUCCUGGGCCAUAGACUUGCAAAACCCUUCAAUAACAACUUCUCGGCGUUAAGGUUAAGCACUAGGUGCAGAAAGAAAUCUUCGUUCUCUGCCUCUUUUCUAUCUCUGUGUGGACUAUGUCGCUAGAUUCUCACAUAGAGAGGGUGCUAUGGACCAAGUUCCAAAUCUCUAAACGAGUCACGGAGCUUGCAUCCGAAAUCACCAAUGAUUUUGUCUCUAUUUCUCCUCCUCCGGUGAUAGUGGGCGUGGCCACCGGCGCUUUCUUGUUCUUGGCUGACUUGGUCAGGCAAAUACAGUUGCCUAUUUCCGUUGAUUUCAUUCGCGCCGAAUCCUACGGUUCUGGUACUGAGUCCACCGGUGCCCCCACCAUUUCCAUGGACUUGAAGCUCAAUGUUGAAGGCAAACAUGUCAUCCUGGUUGAGGACAUCGUAGACACAGGAAGCACUUUAUUCAAUCUCAUUGCACUCUUGAAAUCCAAGGGAGUAUCCUCUGUGUCUGUUUGCACUUUCCUUGAUAAGCCAGCAAGAAGGAAAGUCCAUUUUGAACCAGUGGGUGAUGGAAAAUACUACCUAGGUUUUGAGUGCCCAGAUCACUUUGUUGUGGGUUAUGGAAUGGAUUUUGCUGAACUAUACAGGAAUUUGCCUUAUAUUGGUGUCUUGAAACCUGAAUAUUACAAGUGAUCUGAUUCAUCAUGAAAAAUUUUAUAACUGUUGAAGACCAUAAUCUUAUUACACCUGCAGAAAUUGGCAUUGUUGGAAUUACAUAGCAUAAUCUUAUACUUCUUUGUGAAGGCAAAGUGUCUUUAUGGAUGUUCUUAUUCUUGGAACUGCAUAAACAUUUGGGAUACUGAUUUUAAAAUUUAAUUAGAUUUUUUUAUCUUUAAUGAAGUGUUAGAAGUUUGUAUACUUUCGCUAUGAACUUCAAAUAUAUUUGUUCUUCUUCCA